AUGGGCCUUGCUAAGCCACCACCCCCGGUCUACAGCUCAGCACCCUCAACAAAUCCUCCCACACCAACGGCCUCGUAUCCUUCCACACCCACUGCCGGCUCUGGCUACCGAGGGUCGCCCUUUAUCGCUGCAUUUACGGCUGCUUUCGAGGAAAAGGACAAGACAAAAGACUCGAAGACCGAAGAACCACCCAAGCUUUCGGUUGCGCUAGACAAUGCCCUUCAAGACGAUGUUUUACCGCUCGCCAGUCGAGCGGCCAUCCGAAGUUUCUUGGCAGGAUACAUCAUCAGUACGCUUCUCGAGAGCUUGCUGCCUGGGCUGCUGCGAAGAAAGACUCCGAGAGAAGCACUCCGAUCCAUCUUCUCACAGACCUCGACACGUAUUGGCGCCGGCUUCGGUCUCUUCACGCUGCUAUACCGUUCGUUGACCUACUUCUUGAACUUUCUUCGGCUCAAGUCUCUCGCUUCGCUGCCGGCCCUAGCCCCAUCCUCGCUUCCCAACGCAGCCUUUCGUUCUCGCGUUCUUGCACGGCUCGUGCGGCUUUUGCGGGGUGAAGGCGUGGCUCCGUCGCUUGCUGCGCUGCUGGCCUCUCCCGCACUGGUUCUCUUGCCCUCGCAGACACCGUCAAGGCCUGGCGCCCCGACGUUUCCGAGAAAGAGCCUCGCCUUGGAUCUUUUCACGAAAGGCCUUCACAAUCACUACCACCUGUUGCGAAGGAGCGGCAGCCGGGCUACAUCAUGGGUGCCCAAGUGGUGCGACUCAGCGCUUCUGUACGCUAUCGGCAACGGUCAGCUGCUCUGGGCCUUUCUCUUUGAACCGUACGCCUUUCCGAAGGGCUAUGGAGACAUCAUCCUCGCUCGCUCCUCGGCUUAUAUCCCCUCUAGACCCGAGAAUUUCCCUUCGUCGAUUCCAUGGCCCUCGAAGCGACAGAUUGCAGACCAUGUCGCCCUGCUCAGCACUCCGACGCGUACCGCAUCUGCGUUCCCCUCCUUCACCUCUCCCUCGCUCUCGGCGCUCCAUCCUUCCCCAUACCCAACAACAUCGUACAAGGAGAUCAACCCCGUACUCGACUUCUCCCCUGCGCAUCCCGCCCACACGGAGCUUCUCUGCGCCCUAUUGCAUCCGACUGAGCCCUCUUGCCGCAAGAAUCUGCUAGACUUUUGGAAGCGGGAAUGGAUCGCCAGCGCUCGUUUCGUUGGCGCCUUCUUGGCUGCAUUCAACGUACUGAGGUGGAAGGCAUGGUUGAAGGACCCCGAAAAGCAGCUCUUUGGCUUCUCAUUGAGCGUUGCUCAAGGCGCCACCGUCAUUUCCGGAUCGAUCGGCACUGCCUGGGCCCUCACCUGCUUUUUCCAACACUACCUUCCUCGGACCUUGUUCCCCCGCUUCCGUUACUUCCUCAACGGUUUCCUCUCAUCCAUCUUCAUCUUUGCUGUUCCUCCCUCUCGACGAUCGCAGCUCGGCCUCUAUGUCGGCAGGAUGUCCCUCGACAGCACUUACCAGGUCCUCGUGCACAAGCGCAAGCUUCGCCCGAUCCCAAAGGGCGAUGUCAUGCUCCUCGCCAUUGGCAUCUCACUCUUGGCCAACCUGUAUGAGGGAGCGCCGGGCGCACUCGGAAAGGGCCUUCGAAGGAUCCUCGGCCUCUUCCUGCUGGGCAACAGACAGGCUGGGUCGAGUGUCUCGAGGGCCGGUCUUCCCCUCUUGCCUCCUUCGGACCAGGCACCAGCAGGGUCUACUGCAUCAGAGGUCACCUCAUCUAACUUUUUGCCAUCAGCACCGCCAAAGGGGAGGCGAAAGGCCCGUUUCGAUGUGUAG